CGCGGUCACGUGUAGCGCGUCGUGGAGCCGAGAGGAAGCGGCAUUUGGUCCGGUCGCUGUCGGUGUUCAGCAAGCAAGCAGAGGACAACCUCCUGCCCCCCCCCCCCCUCCCCUUCCACACCAUCUCCGACCUCACCGCCUCCGCCGGCUUCUCGCGGGGCUCCGCGCGCCGCACGGAUGGUUCUCCUCCGGCACAUCUCGUUCGCGCUGACCGCCGCCGUGGCCGCCCUGGGCUCCGCGCUCUUCAUCGCCUUGAACUUCUUCUACGAGAGAAGGACGUGGUCACCGCGGGCGGAAUACCGCACCAUCAAAGAGGAGGAGGAGGAGCGUGGGAAGCGGCAGGUCCUGGUCCUGGGCCUGGACGGGGCCGGGAAGAGCAGCAUGCUGCAGGGCCUGACCCCCGGGGGGUGGGCGGCUAAGAGAGGCCGCUGCCGGCCCACCCGCGGCUUCAACUUCAUGAGCCUCAACGCCCCCGCCUGUCAGCUGGACUUCCUGGAGAUCGGCGGCGGGGAGGACCUGCGGCGCUACUGGUCCGACUACCUGAGGAAGACCCACGUUCUGGUGUACGUGGUGGACUCCUCCGACAGGAGCCGCCUGCCGAUGGCCAAGGCGGAGCUGCACCGCCUGCUGAUGGUGCAGCCCCAGCUGCCCGUGGUGGUCCUGGGAAACAAACAGGAUAAGCCCAACGCGGUGAGCGUGACGGAGCUGCGCGAGGCCUUGUCUCUGGGCUCCGAGACCGGGGACAGGAAGCUGUUCCUCUUGGCCGCCCAGCUGGGCUCCGAUGAGGUCCCCCUGAGGGACUCCUGCCGGGGCCUGGACACCUUCCAGGACCUCCUGCUCCAGCUCGUCUGAUCCCUCCUCCCCCCCCCUCCUCCUCCCAGAGCAGAGAAGUAGGAUUAUAGAGGGAUGGAAACAAAGCGAUGGCUGAGUGCAACCUUCCUCCUCCUCUUCCUCCUCAUUGUCAGAUUAUGGCUCAUUCGAGGCAGAGGAGGAGGAGGAGGAAUGCCGAAGGAACUCUGGGAGGGAAAUCACAGAAGAAGACGCGAAGCGUGGCGGCGCCUCCUCGUCUUCCUCCUCACCUUCGGCUCAUCUCGUCGCAGAAGAGGAAGGUGCACUGCGAGGAGGACCGGAGCAUCGAGGCGUGACUCACGAAGCUCACCUCCUGCCAAUGAAUCAGGCAUGUCGAUUAUUUAUAUAAGUGGAAAUGUGUCACGUUUUUUGGAUCCGUUUGAGAGAUUUUCAGCGUUUGGAGACAAGCGUGGCGCUUUGAUCAAAUGGGUGUUUGGAAGAUGAGGAUUUCAUGAGGGUUUUAGAGGGAACCGGUAACCAAAAUCCUUUUGUCACUUCUUCUGUAAAACUCCUUGUCGGGUUGUGAGAGGAAUUUUUUCCGUGAGUCUCAACAGAAUUUUUAGCUGCUCCAUUUGAGAGCAGCUGUGCGUUGAAUCCCAACCAAAAAAAAACCUACAAUGCCAGUUCCAUUUCUCUCAAGUGUCACGUUGCUUAAUCAGACGACACUUCCCGUAACAACUAUGAUAACGGGACUCGCACAAGGUCAUUGUUCUAAAGGAUGGAAGCGGCCACGUUUAGAUGAGCUGCCUGUCCUUCCUCCCUCCCUUCCUUCCUUAGUGGAAAAGGCCUUUGUCUGUAAAUUAGUGGAAAUGUCAGCUGAAGCUUCUACUCCUUGAGAGAGAAACAAAAAAACUAGCAGCUUCUUCUCUGCAGAAUUUACACCAGCUGCCAGCAUGGCUUUAUCGUUUGCAUUUUCGGGCCCUAAUUUGUGAGAAGCUAGUGAAGCCCAUCCUUCACUUUAUAAAGGCAGACGUGAGUGACUUAAAUCUACUAGAGUGAGAAUCUGUAAAGCUGUGCACAAAUGUUUGCUUACGACGCACACGUUUUUAAUGAAUGUUUUUAAAGUGAUGUGCUGUAGCUCUGCAGUAAUGUGUUCACAAUCACAUAUGUAUUUUUUUUUUUUAAAUUAAUGACCGUCAUUGUUUCGAGGUGUUAUGUAAAUCAAACUGUGCAUGUCUAAAUGCGUUAUGCUUUAUUCUCUUUUUUAAACGUUGUGAAAGGGU